AUGGCGAACCAUCACGCGUCGCCGACCAUGAUGCAAAUGCAGCAGCAUCAGGGCCAGGUGCCUCCUCCUCCACCACCUCCUCCGCCUGGAGUCCAGCCAACACAUUUUGCGCCAUCCCAUCAGAUCGCUGCCAUGAACGAGGCUGUUUGGUUGCAAAUAGGGAGCUACUCCGAAGUUCUGCGCAACCAAGAGGACGCUAUGCACGCCUACGAGCGCGCGCUCCAGGCCAACCCAAAUUCCACACCGGCCAUGAACGCAAUUGGUGUUCUUCUCAAGGGUCGCGAAGCCUUCGAUAAGGCGCUAGAGUUCUUCCGAGCCAUUGUACAGCUGGAUCAGAAUAAUGGUGAAGCUUGGGGAAAUUUGGGACACUGUUACUUGAUGACAGAAAAUCUACAAAAGGCGUAUGACGCUUAUCAGCAGGCGUUGGUAAACCUGCGAGAUCCAAAGGACCCUAUGCUGUGGUAUGGCAUCGGUAUUCUGUACGACCGAUAUGGCAGUUACGACUACGCUGAAGAGGCCUUCUCUCAAGUUAUGAACAUUCAGCCCGAUUUUGAGAAGGCCAACGAAAUCUACUUCCGGCUCGGAAUAAUAUACAAACAACAGAACAAGUGGAAUCAGAGUCUUGACUGUUUCAAAUACAUCGUCAACUCUCCUCCUGGACCCUUGACUCAAGAGGAUAUUUGGUUCCAGAUUGGUCACGUCCAUGAGCAACAAAAAGACUUCGACAGCGCUAAGGCCGCUUAUCAGCGCGUGCUGGAUCAUUCCCCGAACCACGCCAAGGUUCUUCAACAGCUUGGAUGGUUACAUCACCAGCAAAGCAACACGUAUGAGAGCCAAGAUCGCGCGAUCCAAUAUCUGGAGAAGUCUGUCAACGCAGACAACCAGGAUGCACAGAGCUGGUAUCUCUUGGGUCGAUGCUAUAUGUCCCAACAAAAGUAUCCCAAGGCGUAUGAGGCAUACCAACAGGCCGUAUACAGAGAUGGCAAGAACCCGACGUUUUGGUGUUCUAUUGGUGUCCUCUAUUAUCAGAUCAACCAGUACAGAGAUGCUCUAGACGCUUACUCCAGGGCUAUUAGACUGAACCCCUACAUCUCUGAGGUGUGGUAUGACCUUGGAACACUGUAUGAGAGCUGUAACAACCAGAUAACCGAUGCGCUGGAUGCCUAUCAACGAGCAGCCGAGCUUGAUCCCAAUAAUCCCCAUAUCAAGGCGAGACUUCAGCUUCUUCGCUCUGGCAGCACAAAUGGAGGCCCUCCACCUGCUGCUCCCCAGCCGGCAGAUGUUCACCCCCAGGCUUAUCAGGCCGCUGGCCCUGUCGGUCCUCAAUGGGGAGGAUCAACCCAGCAGCCACCAGCAGCUGGUCCCCCACCGCCUCCUCAAGGCCCUGGUGAGAACUGGGCGGGUAGACUUUCCAAUAUCAACCCGCCUCCUCAGCCACCCAACCCGUAUGAAGCUCGGGGUGGUGAACCAUUCCGCGGAGGGCCUGCACCACCGCUGCGACAACCAAGCCCCCAGCAGGAGCAGUUGCGCCAGCCUUACAAUGACCCCAGCCGAAAUGGCCCUCGCCGUGGUCAAACUCCUCCUCCACCUCCUGGACACCAAUACUCCCAACCGCCUCAUGCCCCUCCCCAGUCUCAACCCUCUGCCCCGCCUUCUGAGCGACGUGUUGCAAACCCCAGCUGGGUUGGAGCAGCACCCUCAGCAUCAGCUUCUGCACCUCCAUCGAACAAUAUCAACGGUCCUAACGGUCCUAAUGGCAUGGCACCUUUCCGACCUACCAACAGCCCUCGUCCUGAUGGCCGACCCGUCCACGAUAACCGUAUGCCGUCACCCAAGUCGGCAUAUCCCCAGCACCAAGCACCUCCACUGUACAACCAGCACCCCGAGAUGGCUACUCCUGGAACCGAGAACGGACCUCCUGGACCCCCCGGACCAUCUGGCCCGCCCGGUCCUCCACCACCGCCUGCCGUGGCUGAGGCUGCCAUGCAGAGGAUGGACGAUCGACCCCCUUCGGUUGGACCCAAGCGUAUGCGAGAGUGGGAAGAGGAGUCUGCUGCCAAGAAGCAGGCUAACGAGGAGAACCGGGUUCGCCUCGAUGACAUGCGUCACCGAAGACCGUCCACACCUCCUCGUGAUAGCUACCGCCGUAACUCAUCUGAAGCUCGACGAGUCGACGAUCCUCGCCGACCCGAAGAGCCACGCCGCGAAGAGCCCCGUAGACCUGAAUCAGCCCCUCGUCAUGCUGCUGAGAGCUACCACCCUUCUGAUGCUGCUCACCACCCUCCCAGCCAUGCUCCUGGCCCUAGCCAUCUACCACCAAUGCAACAAGGGCCCCCAACUCCCAUGUCCGGAGUCGUUCAUGAGAAGCCUCCAGUUGCGUCAACACCUAAAGAGGAGCGUCCACCAAGUCUUGAACAUGCCCCUCCCGUCCGCGCAGCCCCCGUUUCUGAGCCCGAAAGAGCAGCCAGGAAGAUGGAAGUCGAUGAGGACUACGACGACAGUGGAGAGGACGAGAAGAAGGCAGCCAUUGUCACGAAUGGCUCUGCUCCUGGCUCUGCAGCUGGAGACGUCAAGACAUCAACCCCUGCCAACGCUGGUGUAAACGGGAUUUCCGCCGCCCCAAAAGUUGAAUGA